CCAGUGUAAACCUAGGACACUUGGUACAUGGUGAUGUCUGUGACUGUCUAGUUCCUCCUACAGUGUGUGCUGUGAUGGAGCUUCUUGGAGGUGUAGGUGGGAAGAAGGUGCUGCUGCUGGGAGCGCGCGGGGCAGAGGCUGCUGCCCUGCAGAGCGUGCUGCAGCGCGAGGGAGCCGCCGUCCUCAGCUGCCACUGGAAAGCUCCACAGCUGCAGAGUGAGCUCCGUCAGGCAGACGUGGUGCUGUUCGGCAGUACGAAGCCCAGUGAUGUUCCUGUGAGCUGGAUAAAGCCCGGGGCCACCGUUAUCAACUGUGCUCACGGCCUUCUGUCAGAGAAACACAACUGUGGUCAGCAGAACAACCCUGCUGCUGAAAAGACUGUUGGUUCUCUUGUAGUAGCAAUGAGAAUGCAGAACAUGGUAAAAAACAUGGAGAGAUGGAUCCAGUCCCAGCACUACAGGAAGUGGGACCUCCACUGCUUGAAACUGCAGCCCCUCUCCCCAGUGCCCAGUGAUAUUGAGAUUUCCCGAGCACAGAGUCCAAAAGCUGUUGAUGUACUUGCCAAGGAGAUAGGAUUGCUUACAGAUGAAAUUGAGAUCUAUGGCCAAACCAAAGCCAAAGUACGUUUGUCCCUGCUGGAAAGGUUAAAGGAUCAACCAGAUGGAAAAUAUGUUCUAGUUGCUGGAAUAACCCCUACACCCCUAGGAGAGGGGAAAAGCACAGUCACAAUUGGUCUCGUUCAGGCGCUUACUGCACACCUUAACAUUAAUUCCUUUGCUUGUCUGAGACAACCUUCUCAAGGACCUACUUUUGGAGUGAAAGGUGGAGCAGCUGGAGGUGGAUAUGCUCAAGUGAUCCCCAUGGAGGAGUUCAAUCUUCAUUUAACUGGAGAUAUUCAUGCUAUAACUGCUGCAAAUAAUUUGCUGGCUGCUGCUAUUGAUGCUAGGAUCUUGCAUGAGAAUACUCAAUCUGAUAAGUCUUUGUAUAAUAGGCUCGUUCCAGUAGUGAAUGGCAUGAGAGGAUUUUCUGCUAUUCAGCUUGCCCGUCUGAGAAGGCUGGGAAUAAACAAGACUGAUCCUGAGACUUUAACAGAAAAGGAGAUCGGUAAAUUUGUACGCCUUGACAUUGACCCAUCAACCAUAACAUGGCAAAGAGUGGUGGAUACAAAUGACAGGUUCCUGCGCAAAAUAACAGUUGGGCAGGCAAAUACGGAGAAAGGAUUUGUCCGUCAGGCUCAGUUUGAUAUUGCUGUUGCAAGUGAGAUUAUGGCCAUCCUGGCACUUACCACCAGCCUUCAAGAUAUGAAAGAAAGACUGGGGAAAAUGGUGGUGGCUAAUGACCAUAAAGGAGAACCAGUAACAGCAGAGGAUUUGGGAACACCAGUAUUUGUUCACGCUGGACCCUUUGCUAACAUUGCACAUGGAAAUUCUUCUGUUUUGGCAGAUAAAAUUGCUCUUAAGUUAGUUGGAGAGAAAGGAUUUGUAGUAACUGAAGCUGGCUUUGGUGCUGACAUUGGGAUGGAGAAAUUCUUCAACAUCAAAUGCAGAGCAUCUGGCUUGGUUCCCAGUGUGGUUGUACUUGUUGCUACAGUGAGGGCUUUGAAGAUGCAUGGAGGUGGGCCAAAUGUGACUGCUGGUGCCCCCUUGAAGAAAGAAUACACAGAAGAGAACCUCCAGCUGGUAGCUGAUGGCUGCUGUAAUCUACAGAAACAGAUUCAAAUUACUCAGCUCUUUGGAGUUCCUGUUGUGGUUGCUCUGAACGUCUUCAAAACUGACUCUCCAGCUGAGGUUGAUCUGGUGUGUAAGAUUGCAAAGGAGUCUGGAGCAUUUGAUGCUGUACCCUGCAAUCACUGGUCAGCUGGUGGUAGAGGAGCAGUAAAAUUAGCUCAAGCUGUGGAAAAGGCAGCCAAUCAAAAAAACAGUUUCAAAUAUCUCUACAGUUUGGAGCUUCCUAUUGUUGAAAAAAUAAGGAUCAUUGCUCAGAAGGUGUAUGGAGCUCAGGAUAUAGAGUUGUCUCCUGUUGCGCAGUCUCAAGUUGAUCGCUACACCCGGCAGGGAUUUGGAAACCUUCCCAUUUGUAUGGCAAAAACUCACCUAUCCCUCUCCCAUCAGCCUGAGAGGAAGGGUGUUCCCACUGGUUUCAUUUUGCCGAUUACCGAAGUGCGAGCCAGCAUUGGAGCUGGAUUCAUCUACCCUCUGGUAGGAACGAUGAGCACCAUGCCAGGACUGCCCACAAGGCCGUGCUUCUAUGACAUUGACCUUGACCCCAUCACAGAGCAAGUGAAAGGAUUGUUUUGAGAGUGACAUCCAAAUUCAGAAGCCUGAAAAUUAAGAACUGCAACUUUCCUGUUUCCUGCAAGUAGGAGACAAAAAGUGAAUGUGAAAUAUUCCUGUUAUUUGUCUCUGGAGGAAUGUCAAGAUAGACCAAAGAGCAAAAGUUUACUCUUUCUUCAAACUAGUUUUUAUGAUGAAAUAUAGCUGUAAGGUUAAAAAAACCAAAAAAAAACCAAACAAAAAAAAAAAACAACAAAAAAAACAAGCCAGUAAGCUAACGUUUUACUCGCUGUAACGCAGGAAGCUCUCUACUGGGGCUUAAGCUUGUUAGUGGAUAAAAUGACAUUGAAAAAGAGCAGUUUUUCAACUCAGAGUUUUUGUCUUUUCUCAGAGGAGUGUACAGAAGUAUUUCCUUUAUCUUGGCUAUCUACUAAAAACUUGCAUAAACAUGAUUAUGCUGUGUGACCAAGCCUAUUUCUCUCUGAAAAGUACACUUUUGCUCCUGGCAUUCAAGAGCUGAAACUACACACAGAUUAACUGCACAUUUUUGAGUUAUCAUCAAGCGUUGCUCUGGAUGCGUUUGGGCAACAGCCAAGCUUCAAGCAAGGAAGAUAUUAAACAGAGAAAGAACAGAGCAUGUAUUUUGUAAAAGGUUUUUAAUGUAUAAUUUGUUUCCUUGUUGGGCAAAGAUCUUUUGAAACACUUAAGCCAUAGCUGUCUUGUAUGCAUAGGUCUGUCUUUAUCCGAAGCGUGUGUUACAGGCUGUCCAGCUGAUUAUGUGCUUGUUGUGGUGAAGCUGGUUGUUCAGACAGGGCACUGCUCCUUCUGAAGCGUUGUUUUGCUCCUGUUCAUGGCUAAUGAAGCCUCCUGCUGUGCUGGCUCCCGACCUAGAGUUUUUCCCUGGCAGUACACAAGGGCCCAGUAACAACAGAGGAACGUCCAUCAAGCAGGGAUGUGGACAGGGCACAGCUUUUUUCUGCUUCAUUUUGCAGGUUUUAACGGCCACACUUGUAAAAGUGGAGGGCAUUUCCAUUUGAAGGAGUAUUCAAACAAGUUGAAUUGCAAACCAUGUGCUUUAAUUUGUCUCAGUAACUUUACUUUCCUGCUUUUUCCUAAAACCUGUACCAAAAAGCAAGCCUUAGGCACAGGAUACAGCAUUUAACUUUCCAAGCUGCUACCCCUCAGGAAACUCUCGCUGACUGACUGUUGGUUCCUUCAAUAACAAAAAAUUCGACAGAACAAUAGGGUGAAUCGAGACAAUAGGCCAUUGUUUUUUUUAGGUAAAAAGCAGUGAAAUAAUGAUGAGAGAGUUUAUUUUCCUGAUGACGUUUUCCAUCCUGUCGCUUUGCUCUGCUUACGCACAUCUGCAUGUUAUGGGCUUUUGCAGUGUAGCCUUGGUUCCCUUCUGCAGAGCCACAUUUGGAGACUUAAUUAUCUCAGGAACUCUGUAGUAAUUGAGGGGUUUGUUUUGGUUCUUAAAAUCAAGCUUUGUUAUUUAUAAACUCAAAAUUAUAAUUAUGGACAGUAGAGCAAACUGGGGACAAUUAAUUGUCUCUGCCUUCCCUGGAGUAGCACGGAAAUAUCUGCUGACUGCAUUUCAGUGCUAUUCAUAGCGUUGUCCUCCAGCACCACAGGGAUUGCUGUGAAGAUAAAUUUAAAUGUAAAAACUAGAGCAAUUUAAUAUUUUAUCUGUACUAGACAACAGAGCUCUUAACAGCCUAGACUCUGGGUGCUUUAAUUACACUGGGGCAUGACAAACAUGAUGAGUAGAAAGUCAGAUUCAAGCUCUCAGAGCUGCUGGGAAGAGAGAUUUCUUAUAUUCGCUAUUAAAUUGUGCCACAAAAUAGAACUCAAUGUUAUUCAUAUACAACAGUGUUGUAAAUCAGUCUUGCACACACUCAUCUAUUUAGCCAAGAAAUUUUUAGCCAAAAUGUUUUGGAAGAAAGUAAGUGUGGUUUCAAAACAUGGUUUUCCUAGUAGCUUCCUUACAAGAAAAAUAAACAACAUUUUUCCCCAUUUUGUCCAGAGAAAUUCAGAAAAUACAUAGUUGUGCCUUUCUAGGACUCACUGUGGUUCCCCUGCAGGUGCACUGGAGUUGUCCCCACGCAGUGUAGGAUACUAUAUGUGGCACUGGCUGAUUGCCUAUGAAGCUUCUGUGAGGAUGUGGAUGUUUGAGCAACAAGCUUUACAAGUCAUCUCAAGCUACUGUUUGAUACUUUCUAUAGUGUUGUCUCCAUCUCAUCCCUUCAGGGCACACAUGCUGGGACCAUUUAUCUGACCCAUCAGUCUCUCCCUAAAACACCAUUCCAGCUCAUUUAGUUGAGAGCUGACAAACAUCCUGUAAUUUUUCUACCUUUGUGUGCACAGGACUUGUUAUAUUGUUUAGAUAGCUUCAGUAAUUCAAAGAAAGCUGAAACGGCCCACUUGUCAUUUGUCAUUGCUUUUCCCCCACCCCAUCUAGUUAACUAGCUCCAAAAUUUCUCAAGCUAUUGCAUUUUUGGUCCUUUGUCAUGAUCCAAACGGAUUGAGCUACUGGCCACCAGCUGAGCUGCAGAAACUGACACAGUAUGUUCCCUGAUUCUGAGGGACCACCCUGAUUCUGAGGCCUUGCUCCAGAAGAGUUUAAUGUGAAAACUUUUUAGGAUCAGUCUUAUUGGUGUAUAUGUGUCACUUGCUACAUGGCCAUGACUGUGGGACUCCUGUUUUUUUUCGCAUCUACUCUGAGCAGCGUUGUCACAUGGCAGAACCUCAGCUUUAUUAAAGCAGCUUGCCAAGCUUAUCCCUGCGUUUGCUGAAGUGUGUUUAGCACCAUGCGGUUGUUUAUAAUCAGAAGAUCUGCUUUCUGUAGUGACUGAAUACUUUGUUAUUGCUACUGCUGAACUAAUUCUGCAAUGGCAUUGAAAUACUUCAGAAUACAUGCAACAGGUUUCUUCAUUUGUAGUUUGAAAUUCAAGCUCCCAGAAUUUCAGUUGCCAUGAACAUGAAAAUAAAGUCUGUGUGCUAAGGUUUAGUUUGCACAAGUGGUGCCUGUCUGAAUUCAUUAAUAAAUACAUCCAUUAUUUUA